GCCACCUUCGACUCAAGCCGUCCACAAGCGUCCACAAGUCCUGCCUUCCCUGUGCAUGCCCGACAAGCGGCCACCCUCCUCUCCUCCUCCUCCUCCCUCCCCUCUCCAACCACCGCCCCUCAAACGUCAGCACCUCCCUCCUCCUCCUCCUCCUGAACCCCUCUCCCCCUCGCCGGCAAUCCCACCAUGCCCGUCGACGCCCUCCCCGGUUCCGGCCAGACCGUCUGCGUCACCGGCGCCGGCGGCUUCAUCGCCUCCUGGAUUGUCAAGCUUCUCCUCGAGCGAGGCUACACCGUGCGAGGAACCGUCAGGAACCCAGACGACCCGAAGAAUGGGCAUCUGAGAGAGCUGGAAGGAGCCAGCGAGAGGCUGACGCUGUACAAGGGUGAUCUGAUGGACUACGGGAGCUUGGAAGAAGCCAUCAAGGGGUGCGACGGCGUCGUCCACACCGCCUCUCCGGUCACCGACGAUCCUGAGCAAAUGGUGGAGCCAGCGGUGAUCGGGACGAAAAAUGUGAUCGUCGCAGCGGCGGAGGCCAAGGUCCGGCGGGUUGUGUUCACCUCCUCCAUCGGUGCAGUCACCAUGGACCCCAACCGGGGUCCGGACGUUGUGGUGGACGAGUCUUGUUGGAGCGACCUCGAAUUUUGCAAGAGCACUAAGAACUGGUAUUGCUACGGCAAGGCAGUGGCGGAGAAGGCCGCUUGCGCAGAGGCGAAGGAGAGAGGGGUUGACCUCGUGGUGAUUAACCCUGUGCUCGUGCUUGGACCACUCCUUCAGUCGACGAUCAAUGCGAGCAUCAUCCACAUCCUCAAGUACUUGACUGGCUCGGCCAAGACCUACGCCAACUCGGUCCAGGCAUACGUGCACGUCAAGGACGUCGCGCUUGCCCACGUCCUUGUCUUGGAGACCCCAUCCGCCUCAGGCCGCUAUUUGUGCGCCGAGAGCGUCCUCCACCGUGGCGAUGUGGUGGAAAUCCUUGCCAAGUUCUUCCCUGAGUAUAACGUACCGACCAAGUGCUCUGAUGAGGUGAACCCAAGAGUAAAACCAUACAAGUUCUCCAACCAGAAGCUGAAAGACUUGGGGCUCGAGUUCACCCCGGUGAAGCAGUGCCUGUACGAAACUGUCAAGAGCUUGCAGGAGAAAGGCCACCUACCCGUCCCUCCCCCGCCGGAAGAUUCGGUGCGUAUUCAGGGAUGAUCUUAGAUCCAUCACGGUGCGCAUUUGUAAUCCGGAGAAAUGAGAGAAACAUGUGGGAAUUUGUUUGUACUUUUCUAAGUCAAACCUGGAGAUACCAACCCUGAGUUCUGCAUUGGAAUGGAAGUUGUCAAUUGAUCAAUCGUCGCAAGUUAUCGUUGGCAGAAACGGAAUGUCAGUUACCAUCCCGAGCAGCAUAUUCACACAUUAGAUUCUUGUCUUUCCUGUAUGUCGUGUAAUGGGAUAUCGCAGAUAUAAUUAUAUCUCUAAAGCUAAUUUCCGUGUUGAAGGUUAGUCUAUUGUGUUCUUCCCUACUGUCCAGAUUUUCUUCCUCAGAUCUAGACCUUGAAAUACAUGCGAUUUGUGGCC